AUGAUAUCCAGACAAUCAAGUAUACUAUUACUCCAGAGAAAUGCAUUUAAAAUAACCAGAACAUUAGCAACUGCACAAAGCACAACACCAACAGACCAAACCACUAAAAAGAUACCCAAAAGAAAAAAAACAGUAUUCAGUGAUGCCUUAAACAAAGGUCCCUCUUUUGACGAUUUCGUAAGUGGUAAAGCACAGGAUAUUCUUGAUCCUUUAGAAGCAGCCCGAAAAGAUCCAAAUCAAAGAUUACCUUCUUGGUUAAAAGUGCCCAUCCCUAAAGGGAAAUCAUUCCAUAAUGUGAAAAAUGACGUUCGUGAAUUAAAAUUGGCUACUGUUUGUGAAGAAGCAAAAUGUCCAAAUAUUGGUGAAUGUUGGGGUGGGAAAAAAUCAGAAGCUACUGCUACGAUUAUGUUGUUGGGAGAUACAUGUACUAGAGGAUGUAGAUUUUGUUCAGUGAAAACCAAUCGUACUCCUUCAGCUCCUGAUCCUAAAGAACCAGAAAAUACUGCUGAGGCUAUUAGUAGAUGGGGAUUGGGAUAUGUUGUUUUAACCACUGUUGAUCGUGAUGAUUUGAUAGAUGGUGGUGCAGCACAUUUGGCUGAAACUGUUAUGAAGAUUAAACAAAAGGCACCUCAAAUCUUGGUUGAAGUUUUAAGUGGGGAUUUUAGAGGUGAUUUGAAUAUGGUUGAGAUAUUGGCUGGAUCAGGGUUGGAUGUCUAUGCUCAUAACUUGGAAACAGUUGAAGAUUUGACUCCUCAUAUUAGAGAUCGUAGAGCUACUUACCGUCAAUCCUUGGCAGUUUUACAAAAAGCAAAAGAAGCGAAACCAGAUUUAGUGACCAAGACAAGUUUGAUGCUUGGAUUUGGUGAGAAUGAUCAACAAGUUUUACAAACUUUGAAAGAUUUACGAGAAGUUGGAUGUGAUGUGGUUACUUUUGGACAAUAUAUGAGACCAACUAAGAGACAUAUGAAAGUUGUUGAAUAUGUUACCCCAGAAAAAUUUGACUAUUGGAGAGAUACUGCAUUAGAAAUGGGAUUCCUUUAUGUUGCUAGUGGUCCAUUAGUUAGAUCUUCUUAUAAAGCUGGUGAAGCAUUUAUUGAAAAUGUAUUGAAAAAGAGAAGACAUAAUGUUGGUGAAGCACCAAGAUUGGAACAACAAAUUAAUCCUAAGUUGUUUGCGAAGGCUGGAUAA